GGCUAGUUCUUAUAUGAGUAAUUAGUUGGAGAUUAAUGGGAUGAAAGACAAGAUAAUGUGAGAAUUUGAGGGGAAAUCUGUAAAAUUUGAUAUGAGGUUUUGAACAUGAGCCAUGGAGAUGUGGAGAGUACAAGAGAUACAAGGAAGAGUGAAGACCAGCGUAGUUUGUCAUUGGGAGGACCGAAAGCUGAUGACUUUUGGAGAGCGGUUUCAAAGAUUGCGGUGUUACAGAUAUGUGAGAGUGUCGGUUAUGAGAGAUUUAAAGAGUCUGCUUUGGAGGCUCUUACUGACAUCUCAAUCGGAUACCUCUGUGACUUAGGAAAAAAUGCAAGUUUUCAUGCUAAUUUAGCUGGUAGGACGGAAUGCAAUCUGUUUGAUGUAACUCGGGCUUUAGAAGAUUUGGGAGCUUCUCAUGGAUUUUCGGGUGCUUCAGAGAUUGGGAAUUGUCUUGUAGGCUCUGGCACAGUUAGGGAAAUGGUUCAGUUUGUGGAUUCCAAAGAGGAAAUCCCAUUUGCUCAGCCAGUGCCUAAGUUUCCAGUUGUUAGGCAUAGGAAGCUGAUUCCAAGUUUUGAGCAUAUGAAUGAAACUCCGCCUGGAAAGCAUAUCCCAAGUUGGUUGCCGGCUUUCCCUGACCCCCACACUUAUAUUCAUACUCCUAUGUGGAAUGAGAGGGCAUCGGAUCCUUGUGCUGAUAAGAUUGAGCAAGCAAGGCAGCGGAGAAAGGCUGAGAGGGCUUUGCUGAGUUUGCAACAGAGACUGGUGUGUAAUGGUUCUACUGGAACUUCGGCUUCCAUGGUUGUGGAUGCUAAAAAGGGAAAAAUGCACGAAGCUGGAAGUAACCCUUUUCUUGUUGCCCCACUGCAACCUGGGGAGAAAGAUAUGUCACAGGUUGUUUUCCCAGCUAAGCUUUCUGAUGAAGUGAGCAAGGGCAAUCAUGUUUCUGUUCUAGAGGCAUUUGCUUCUGCCAUUGAAGCAAUGAAAGAUGGGCCAUCAAAUGAAUUAUAUGGUGAAAAGACACUCCUUCCCGAAAAAAGGCCUGCUGUUCAUUUCAACUUCAGAACUGGCAAGAAACUCUUGGGUCAGUCCAUAGAUUUGAGCUUGCUGAAGAAGGGUGAGAAGAGGACAACACUCUUUUUAAGCGACGAAGAGAGGGAUGAUAAGAAGAGGAGAGCGGAGUUUAUUCUUCGACAAACUACAGAAUAUCCAAUGGAGCUUAACCAAUCUUAAAACUGUAUUUUAGGUUGUUCUUUCUUUAAAUCUCAUAAAUAUUUUUAGUAAUCAAUCGUUUUAGUGGGUCAUGGAUGCUUUAUCUUAUGUUCAUGCUAACUGAGGACUUGCAUGGAUGUUUCGUAAUCACACUGUUGGGGACCAACUCUAAUAUUUAGAGGCAUGGGAGCAAUUGUUUUGGUAUCAGUAGCUCUAGUCUCAAGUAAUUCUUUGGAAAUGAGGUUCCUCUAUUUUUGGAUUAUGCACUGAAAACUCUCUGCCUACGGUUUCAAGAACUGUAUUCUUUCACUGACAUGUAAUUUGUAUCCAUUUACGAUAUCAUCUUUUCAACUUGAACGAAUUUA